AUGAGGGAGCGGGUGGUGAAGGACGGGCAGGGAGGCGUGUCGGGAGCGGGCGGUCGUUUUGUGGACUGGAGGACCCCGGAGUGUUACCGCGGGGCCAGAGGGAGCCCGGAGCCCCCCGGCAGCCGGACUGACGCCCGGGAGCAGGCGGCGCGCGGAGCCGGGAGCGCAGAGCGGGCAGCCCGGCCGGAGCGGCGGCUGGGCGCUGGCGGCUCCCGGCGCAGAGCGCUGUCGAGGGGGCCGGCGGGCGGAGCUGCCUGGAGCGUCUGCGCGCCGCCCGAGCGUUCCUGCGCUGCCCGAGCGCGUUCCUCGCCGGCCGAGAGCCUCCCUGCGCCGCCCGCGGCCCGGGACCCCGCCGCCUCCGCGCUCGCGGCGACGAUGCGCCCGGAGGACGGCGAGCUGAGCGGACCCGCAGCCCGUGCGUGCGCGCGCUUCCCCGCCGGCGAGGAAGCCUGA